AAUUGUUUCCUGUUCCCCACAAGAGAAAGUUACUUGAAGAGAGUAAGAAUACCUUGGCAAACAUUUUUCAGAAAAAUACAAGAAAAGCAGUGCAGAAGACUGCCCCUGUCCCUCCUAUACUGAUAAAGCAAAACCCUGCUAAAGCUACGGGAUCACAAAUAAAUUCAUGCUUGAAGGAAGCUCAUAGAAGUGUCACAAAAAUGAUCUCCAAGUCUCCAGAAAAGGAACAAAAUGAUGAUGAGGACGAUGACGAUGAUGAGAGUUGUAUUAUAGAAGAUGUGCCAUGCAAGAGUCAACAGAUAAACAGUUAUUCCCCCAUCAAAGAAAGAACUCAUAUAGAAUGGAAGAGUAAGAAAUAUAUGAAGAUUGAAUCAGAUGCUCACAAUAAAAGUAAUGAUGCAAUAGAAGAUAUUGACAUGGAAGACAGCUCUGAGGCUUUGCCUUGCACAAAACCAAUUGGGGAUAACCAGAAAGAGGCUUCUGUGCAGGGUCAGUCAUCACAGAAUCCAGAUCCUGUAACAUUCCUUGAAGUUAUGUGCUUGGAAAAUAGUGUAAAUGCAAAUGGGAACACAGAUGGUAUUAAAUCAGAGCCAGCUUCUUCAAUGUCAGAUGAUCAGUCCGAAACUUCUCCACAGCCCAUCAUCCUUUUAUGCCCUUAUUGUAAAAAAGUACUAACUACAAGGUCUAAUCUCCAACGACACAUUGAUACCCAUCACCGGCGCCAUACAUUCUCUUGUCCCACUUGCAACAAGAAGUUCACAAGGAAGGACCGAUUAAAUGAACAUGAGAAGCUUCACUCAGGAGAAGCUCCUUACACUUGUGAUGAAUGCGGAAAAAACUUUGCCAGGCGGGAUAAUUUGAAUGUGCACAAACGAACACAUACAGGUGAACGUCCAUACUCAUGUGAAGUAUGUGGCAAGACAUUUUCACGGAAGGAGUACAUAAAUGAACACAUGGCAGUUCAUUCAGAUUACAAAAGAUUUUCUUGUCUGUGGUGCAGCAAGGAGUUCAAACACAAACAAAGUUUGCGUCACCAUAUGAAAAGUGCUCAUGAUAGUGUCAAACCUGAACCAGAAUCUGAGAUGGGUUCUGCUUCUUUGCAAGUUAAUGUAAAGGAGGAGAGUACUUGAGAAUUUUUGUUUCAUGUUAUUUGUUAAAUUGUUUGGUCCCAAAUGUAGGAUUGUAAGUUGUUGAUUAUAUUUUGAGACAUUUAUAGAUUUAUAAGAUAGUCUAGAGCUUAAGCACAGGAGAGUUAGGGAAGCUUAUAGCUAUUUUUGGAGCUGUAAGUGCACUGAUAUUCUUACCAUUAAGUUUUAUAGUAACAAAGGAAACUACUUGCUCAAAUUAUUCAAAUAAAAUCAAAAACUUGUUAUACUGUGACUUAGUAAUUACUGUUUAUGGAGAGUUUAUUGUUAAUUGAUUCACAUGUCAUUUCAUAAACUUUAAAAGUCAGUUUAGUCAGUGUUAAUUAUAUUAAGUCUUGAUAUAGAUAUUCUGAAUCUCUUCUGAUCGGUAUCAUGUUAAUAUUAUUCUAAAUAAAAAGACUUAUUUACAA